GACCGCUGGUGGAGACCAUCAUUAGCUUGCCGGGGGCGGAGUGGGGCGGGGCGGACGGCAGGGGCGGGCUCCGGGCGGUUGGUUGGAGAGGCGCAGCAGCCGAGAGGUCCGGGAAAGUUUCUUUAGAGGUGCUGCCGGGAGCGGCCAUGUCCCACGGCCCCAGGCAGCCCGGCGCGGCCGUCGCGCCGGCGGGUGGCAAGGCUCCUGGACAGCAUGGGGGCUUCGUGGUGGCUGUCAAGCAAGAGCGAGGGGAAGGCCCGCGAGCCGGCGAGAAGGGGUCCCACGAGGAGGAGCCGGUGAAGAAGCGUGGCUGGCCCAAAGGCAAGAAGCGGAAGAAGAUCCUUCCAAAUGGUCCCAAAGCACCUGUUACUGGCUACGUGCGCUUCCUGAAUGAGCGACGUGAGCAGAUUCGCACGCGCCAUCCGGACCUGCCCUUUCCUGAGAUCACCAAGAUGCUGGGUGCAGAGUGGAGCAAACUGCAGCCCACAGAGAAGCAGCGGUACCUGGACGAGGCCGAGCGGGAGAAGCAGCAGUACAUGAAGGAGCUUCGGGCGUACCAGCAGUCAGAAGCCUACAAGAUGUGCACUGAGAAGAUCCAGGAAAAGAAGAUCAAGAAAGAGGACUCGGGCUCCGGGCUCAUGAAUACCCUCUUGAAUGGACACAAGGGUGGGGACUGCGAUGGCUUCUCCACCUUCGACGUCCCCAUUUUCACUGAAGAGUUCUUGGACCAAAACAAAGCACGGGAGGCGGAGCUGCGGCGCCUGCGGAAGAUGAACGUGGCCUUUGAGGAGCAGAACGCGGUGCUGCAGAGGCACACGCAGAACAUGAGCAGCGCGCGUGAGCGCCUGGAGCAGGAGCUGGCACUGGAGGAGCGGCGCACGCUGGCGCUGCAGCAGCAGCUCCAGGCGGUGCGCCAGGCGCUCACCGCUAGCUUCGCCUCGUUGCCCGUCCCCGGCACGGGGGAGACGCCCACACUCAGCACUCUGGACUUCUACAUGGCCCGGCUGCAUGGAGCCAUUGAGCGAGACCCCGCCCAGCAUGAGAAACUCAUCAUCCGCAUCAAGGAGAUCCUGGCCCAAGUCGCCAGUGAGCACCUAUGAGAGUGUCGGUCGCUUCAGCAGCGGAUCCGGAGAAGACCAAGCUCUGGUUGUGGCCCCUCCCCCACCCCUCCUCCCUGGAGGAGGGGUGGGGGUCCACCCUUUGGGGCCAGGUUCAGUUCUGCACCUUGGGAGCUCCAGGCCCCUAAAAUUAUUCUAUAUCAUCCCUCUAGCUUUCAACCUCCCCAGUACUCCAAGUCCAGAAAAGUCAUCUGCCAUGCAUGACACACAGCCUCACAAGGCACGUCACACUACAGGGACAUGGAGACACCACACACGAGCAGCACAACCUGGGACAUGGGGACCCACUGGUGGAGGGAGAGUGCCACAGGCCACAGCGGCUCUCCAGGGUCUGCCCCAGGACACAGGGCGGAGCAAACCCACACCUGCCACACCGGGAGGGACCCGAAGGUGCUGACCACAAGUGCCCACAUCUGCAGGCACUGGCAGGGCACUCACACCUGGGUGAGGGCCUUCUGCCCAUGGUCCUCAAGUUCCUGCACCCCAUAAUGGGGGAGCUUGUACUGACACCCCUGCCCUCAUCCAGCUAAGGGACCCUCAUGAAGGUGGCCCCUUUGCCAUUGCUUAACCUGGGCUUUUUAAAUUAAAAAAUAAAGUGGAAUUUGAAUUUCAA